AUGACGAAGCUCGUGCUAUCCGUGAUCAAUUCGGAAAUGCUUCGACAGCUGGCGCGCAGCAUCGAUUCGGACCACGAUGCGGUGCAGUCACUCAAAGCGGCGCUGUUGGAUCAACCGGAGCAGCCAAAGAUGACGACGGAAAGCCCGGCCGUUCCAACCAACGCAACUGCAUCCACCACAUCGGCCGAGCCGGUAGUGUUGGAGCAUCUUGUGCUGAUCGGUAUCGCAUCGUGGGCACGGACCGAGGUUGCAUCGCAGAGGUCAAGUGUGGAUCUUACUCAGCUGAAGGUCGCCUCGCUCGUCACGGGUGCGCACGUCUACGUGCCACCAAAGCCCGUCUUCAAAAGAUCCCAACAACUGGAAGACUCGCUAGCAGCUAUACGGAAAGCACAAGAACUCGCAGAGUACCAACGAAUGUCCUCCACCACCACAACCUCAUCCUCUCGCGCCUACAACAUCCCCUCUGCCUACGUAAACAUCGCCGGCGUAGAUCCAACUCUCUCUCUCAGUCAACGCAUCACUUCUUCACACACAACCUCGCCUCACCUUUCGUCCAGCAACGUGUCGCGUCAGGAAGAGGAACAGGCGUGGAAAGAUGCCCAGCGUCAGCUGAGCGUCAUCCUCAACAUCUUCUUGUCGGCUUUGGCAACGGCAACCGCAGCUUGGUGGGCAAGCGGAAAUGCGAGUGUCGGCAACAAGGUGCUAACCAGCAUGCUGGUAGGGGUUGUGACGGCGGUAGCGGAGAUAGUGCUGUACAGUAGGUAUAGUGUGUAUGUCAGCGAGAGCAGGAAGAUCAAGACGAGCAGGAUGAAAGGGUCGGAUGUUAAGGCCGGGAUCGAAGGCUUCAGACCGCUGCAGCUGGAUAGAGUCGGGAACACGCCCAAGGCGAGCACACGCUUGAAACCGUCGGCAAAGGAAGAGCCCUCAUGA